AUGUGUGAUCAGACCUUUCUAGUUAAUGUAUUUGGCUCCUGUGACAAAUGUUUCAAACAACGGGCUCUGAGACCAGUUUUCAAGAAAUCCCAACAGCUCAGCUACUGCUCAAUGUGUGCAGAAAUUAUGGCAACCGACGGGCUGCACGAGAACCAGACGCUGGCAUCGCUGAAGACCGAGGCCGAGAGCCUCAAGGGCAAACUGGAGGAGGAGCGGGCCAAGCUGCACGACGUGGAGCUACACCAGGUUGCGGAGCGAGUGGAGGCCUUGGGGCAGUUUGUCAUGAAGACCAGAAGGACCCUCAAAGGCCAUGGGAACAAAGUUCUCUGCAUGGACUGGUGCAAAGAUAAGAGAAGGAUCGUGAGCUCAUCCCAGGACGGCAAGGUGAUUGUGUGGGAUUCCUUCACCACUAACAAGGAGCACGCGGUCACGAUGCCCUGCACAUGGGUGAUGGCUUGUGCAUAUGCCCCGUCAGGAUGCGCCAUUGCAUGUGGUGGUUUGGAUAAUAAGUGUUCCGUGUAUCCACUGACGUUUGACAAAAAUGAAAACAUGGCUGCCAAAAAGAAGUCUGUCGCUAUGCAUACCAACUACCUGUCCGCCUGCAGCUUCACCAACUCAGACAUGCAGAUCCUGACGGCGAGCGGCGAUGGCACGUGUGCCCUGUGGGACGUGGAGAGUGGGCAGCUGCUGCAGAGCUUCCAUGGCCACGGGGCCGACGUACUCUGCUUGGACCUGGCCCCCUCGGAAACAGGCAACACCUUCGUGUCUGGGGGAUGUGACAAGAAAGCCAUGGUGUGGGACAUGCGCUCCGGCCAAUGCGUGCAGGCCUUUGAAACACAUGAAUCCGACAUCAACAGUGUCCGAUACUACCCGAGUGGAGAUGCCUUUGCUUCAGGAUCAGAUGAUGCCACGUGUCGCCUCUAUGACCUCCGGGCAGACAGGGAGGUCGCCAUCUAUUCCAAAGAGAGUAUCAUAUUUGGAGCAUCCAGUGUGGACUUCUCCCUCAGUGGGCGCCUGCUGUUUGCUGGAUACAACGAUUAUACCAUCAAUGUCUGGGAUGUUCUUAAGGGGUCCCGAGUCUCCAUCCUGUUUGGACAUGAAAACCGCGUCAGCACCCUACGAGUUUCCCCCGACGGGACUGCUUUCUGCUCAGGAUCAUGGGAUCAUACCCUAAGAGUCUGGGCUUAAUCGUCUCUUCACAAUGCACACCUGAGAGGAGAAUGAAAUCGUCAUAUGUAAAUAGAUCUUUCUUCUAGAGGAUCUGAGGGCUAUUGCAACUUAGCUUAAAGGAGCGACUCCAUGGCUGAAGUACUCAGCGUCCCCAAUAUUACUAUUAACACUACCACCCCUGAAAGAUACCGGUGUGAGCCUCCAGCUAUAGGACACCUUCAAAUAGUGUUUUGCAUUUUGAACACUUUUUAAAAUUUAUCCAUUUUUAAGGUUAUUCUAAUUAUAUAAUCUCAACUCAUUCUAUUACCAACAGGAUUCAACAUUUAACACA